AAAAGGGUGGCAUCUUUUCCCCCAGCUGGUUGGAAAAAAGCUUGACAGAAGGGGACAGACCGGUGGAUGUGUCUCAACGUCACACUGUUUAUGAUGAAAUAACCUUUAUAUUCGACGCUGUAUGUAUUUAUAUACGUGGAAAGGGGCGGUGGGGCCGUAUCUGUCCAGUCGGAAACUGAGUUGCGGUUUACGUCGAAGAAUUCCUCUGUUUGGUUAUCCAGUUGAUCAGACGUGUUGGUCUUGUUGAUUUCAUCUCGUCUAGCUGGCUGUCUAGUCAUUUUCCGGAUAAAGAAGAGCGAUCGCCGUGGAUUCAUUGAACUAUACAGUACGAUGAGUACUUUGAAUUCUGUGGAUCGAGUUGAACUGUGCGAGAGCCUUUUGACAUGGAUCCAGACGUUUGGAUUGGAGGCUCCGUGCAGAACAGUGGGAGAUCUCACCAGUGGGAUCGUCAUGGCCCAGGCACUACAGAAGAUAGACGUUGUCUAUUUCACCGACAACUGGAUCAGUCGGAUCAAGCCUGAGGUGGGAGAUAACUGGCGACUAAAGAUCAGUAAUCUGAAGAAGGUGUUGAAAGGCAUACUGGACUACAACCAGGAGGUCCUUCAACAGCAGAUCAAUGACUUCACCCUGCCAGACAUCAACCUGAUAGGAGAACACUCAGACCCUGCAGAGCUGGGCAGGAUGCUACAACUCAUACUGGGCUGUGCUGUCAACUGUGAGCAGAAACAAGAAUACAUCCAGACCAUAAUGAUGCUGGAGGAAUCUGUUCAACAUGUUGUCAUGACAGCCAUUCAAGAGCUGAUGAGCAAAGAGUGUCCAGUUAUGGGAGGAAACGACUCGUACGCUGACAUCGAUAGACAGCUGAAGAAGACGGUGGAGGAUCUGAACGAGGCUCGAGCCACCAAGGAGGAGAUCGCACAGAGAUGUCACGAGCUGGACAUGCAGGUGGCAGCGCUACAGGAGGAAAGGGGUAGUCUCCUGGCUGAGAACCAGAUCCUCAUGGAGCGUCUCAACCAGUCUGACUCCAUAGAAGACCUGAACAGCCCUGUAGGACGCAGACACCUGCAGCUACAGACACAGCUAGAACAGCUCCAGGAGGAGACCUUCAGACUGGAGGCAGCGAAGGAUGACUAUCGUAUCCGCUGUGAGGAGUUGGAGAAGGAGUUAACGGAGCUGAGAGGACAGAAUGAAGAGCUCACGUCCCUGGCUGACGAGGCCCAGUCACUGAAGGACGAGAUGGACGUACUCAGACACUCGUCGGACAAAGUGUCCAAGCUGGAGGUCCUGGUGGAGUCGUAUAAGAAGAAGCUGGAGGACCUGGGAGAUCUGAGGAGACAGGUGAAGCUGUUGGAGGAGAAGAACACCGUGUACAUGCAGAACACUGUCAGUCUGGAGGAAGACGUACGCAAGGCCAACACCACGAGAGGACAGCUGGAGUCCUACAAGAGACAGGUGGUAGAGCUGCAGAACAGGCUGUCUGAGGAGUCUAAAAAGACAGACAGGAUGGAGUUUGAAUACAAGAGACUCAAGGAGAAGGUGGACUCUCUCCAGAAAGAAAGAGAUCGUAUGAGGUCAGAGAGAGACUCCCUAAAGGAGACCAUUGAGGAGCUGCGUUUUGUUGAGGCUCAGGAAGGACAACUGUCUACAGGCAUGGUUCCACUCGACAGUAACAAGGGCUCUGAUUCGCUGGCUGCAGAGAUCGUCACCCCAGAGAUCCGAGAGAAGCUGAUCAGACUGCAGCAUGAGAACAACAUGUUGAAGCUGGCCCAGGAGAGUUCUGAUAAUGAGAAGAUCGCUCUGCUGCAGAGUCUGCUGGAGGACGCUAACAGCAGGAAGAAUGAACUGGAGACAGAAAACAGACUGGUGAACCAGAGACUGAUUGAGGGUCAGAGUCAGGUGGAGGAGCUGCAGAGGAGUCUUCAGGAUCAGGACUCCAAAGCAGACGAUUCAAUCAUUCUGAAGAAGAGAAAUGAUGCUCACGUGGAGAAGUUACGGGAAGUGAACGGUGAACUGCAGAAGAAGAGUGCGUACAUCGAUGACUUGGAGCCCAAGUACACCGCUAGCUCCCAGAAAGUAGAGGAACUGGGAGAGGCGUUAAAGAAGAAGGAUGAAGACAUGAAGCAAAUGGAAGACAGAUAUAAGAAGUACCUGGAGAAGGCGAAGAGUGUUAUCCGGACCUUGGACCCUAAACAGAACCAGGGCUCAGCACCAGAGGUCCAGACCCUCAAGAACCAGCUGCAGGAGAAGGAGAGGAUGCUACACUCUCUGGAGAAAGACUACGACAAGACCAAGGCUCAGAGAGACCAGGAGGAGAAACUCAUAGUGUCUGCCUGGUACAACAUGGGCAUAGCUCUCCAGAAGAAGGCAGCAGAGGACCGUCUGGCCAGUACCGGUUCAGGACAGUCCUUCCUGGCCCGCCAGAGACAGGCUACCAGCACACGCCGCUCCUACCCCGGAUACCCGGGACCCCAGUCCGCCACCGCCAGGUAGACAUGGCGCCGUGACUCAUCAACCCGACCUUUGACCUCCGACCCUUCCAGGCCAGGUAGACAUGGCACCCUGAAACGCUACAUGACCCCACCCCCCUGACCCCUGACCCUGCAGGUGUCCUACAGGACACACAAUGUUGGGUGUCGGCAGAGUAAUCCCGUGUUCACUGGAGCUCCGUCCUCCUCCACAGUCCUUCAGUCUCCCUUUUAAAUCUGGUUACCUGGAUUAAUUAUCAAUAAUUAUUAUGCACAUUUCUGUAAAACAAUGUUUCUGUUCUUCUUCUUCUGUCUGGAAUCCUCCUGUAUAAUAACUGUUGUUUCUAUGUAACACAAGAACUUGAGGAGAGAUGCACAUUUUUUUUUGUAUUUGAACCCUUGUGAAAAGAAAAACAGAAUAUUUUCAUAUCUACUGCUUGAAUGCGCUUUAGUUUUGGAGAGGGUAGAUCCACUAUAUAGAAGGUUUGUGACCAGUUGGUAUCUUUAGACCCAGUACAGUACAUAGUAUUUGUUAAGUGUGUUCAGUUUCUUAGGCAGAGGUGAUCUUAGGCGGUCUUUGUUUUACGUGUUGUCUGUUUUAGGCAGUCUUUGUUUUACGUGGAGUCUGUUUUAGGCAGUCUUUGUUUUACGUGUAGUCUGUUUUAGGCAGUCUUUGUUUUACGUGGAGUCUGUUUUAGGCAGUCUUUGUUUUACGUCUGUUUUAGGCAGUCUUUGUUUUACGUGGAGUCUGUUUUAGGCAGUCUUUGUUUUACGUCUGUUUUAGGCAGUCUUUGUUUUACGUGGAGUCUGUUUUAGGCAGUCUUUGUUUUACGUGGAGUCUGUUUUAGGCAGUCUUUGUUUUACGUGGAGUCUGUUUUAGGCAGUCUUUGUUUUACGUCUGUUUUAGGCAGUCUUUGUUUUACGUGGAGUCUGUUUUAGGCAGUCUUUGUUACGUCUGUUUUAGGCAGUCUUUGUUUUACGUGGAGUCUGUUUUAGGCAGUCUUUGUUUUACGUCUGUUUUAGGCAGUCUUUGUUUUACGUGGAGUCUGUUUUAGGCAGUCUUUGUUUUACGUCUGUUUUAGGCAGUCUUUGUUUUACGUGGAGUCUGUUUUAGGCAGUCUUUGUUUUACGUCUGUUUUAGGCAGUCUUUGUUUUACGUGGAGUCUGUUUUAGGCAGUCUUUGUUUUACGUCUGUUUUAGGCAGUCUUUGUUUUACGUGGAGUCUGUUUUAGGCAGUCUUUGUUUUACGUCUGUUUUAGGCAGUCUUUGUUUUACGUGGAGUCUGUUUUAGGCAGUCUUUGUUUUACGUCUGUUUUAGGCAGUCUUUGUUUUACGUGGAGUCUGUUUUAGGCAGUCUUUGUUUUACGUCUGUUUUAGGCAGUCUUUGUUUUACGUCUGUUUUAGGCAGUCUUUGUUUUACGUCUGUUUUAGGCAGUCUUUGUUUUACGUGGAGUCUGUUUUAGGCAGUCUUUGUUUUACGUCUAGUCUGUUUUAGGCAGUCUUUGUUUUACGUGGAGUCUGUUUUAGGCAGUCUAUAUUGAUCAAGUGUUUCUCCUGAAAUGAAGGGAAAACUCUUCCCCUGUGUACUCCUGUUCUCAAAUCAACCAGUAGUCAUUAUCGAUUAUUUAUGAAUCAAUUGUUUAUUGAUUUGAUUAUUGUGUUGCUUGAGGAAAUACCAAACUGUCCUCUUUUUGUCCUCUAGAUCCACACUAGUAACUAACACGCUGCACAGCUGUAACCGUCCCAUGUGGACCCGUCUUGCAUGCUAACUGUCCAUAUCCACUAUCUAUGCACUGGACCUAGUCAAACAGUGGCUAUGAGGUUGUAUGUAUAGCAUAGCAAAAAGCCAUUUGAAGUGGUCUGCAAUACAAACGUAAAAUGACCACUGCUGCCACCCAAGGAGGUGGAUUAUAAACUAUACAGGGAGGUGGAUUAUAAACUUUACAGGGAGGUAGAUUAUAAACUUUACAGGGAGGUAGAUUAUAAACUUUACAGGGAGGUGGAUUAUAAACUAUACAGGGAGGUGGAUUAUAAACUAUACAGGGAGGUGGAUUAUAAACUUUACAGGGAGGUGGAUUAUAAACUUUACAGGGAGGUGGAUUAUAAACUUUACAGGGAGGUGGAUUAUAAACUAUACAGGGAGGUGGAUUAUAAACUAUACAGGGAGGUGGAUUAUAAACUUUACAGGGAGGUAGAUUAUAAACUUUACAGGGAGGUGGAUUAUAAACUAUACAGGGAGGUGGAUUAUAAACUAUACAGGGAGGUGGAUUAUAAACUAUACAGGGAGGUGGAUUAUAAACUAUACAGGGAGGAGGAUUAUAAACUAUACAGGGAGGUGGAUUAUAAACUAUACAGGGAGGUGGAUUAUAAACUUUACAGGGAGGAGGAUUAUAAACUAUACAGGGAGGUGGAUUAUAAACUAUACAGGGAGGUGGAUUAUAAACUAUACAGGGAGGUGGAUUAUAAACUAUACAGGGAGGUGGAUUAUAAACUAUACAGGGAGGUGGAUUAUAAACUAUACAGGGAGGUGGAUUA